AUGAAGGGAUUGGACAAGAAAAUAACUUUAUUCAUGUCUCAUUCUCCAUUCGCAUCCUGUGGGAACCCUAGUUCUAAUAAAAAAAUCCCUACCAAUGAGCCCACCAUUAGGAACCAGGUCCCUCAUCAAGGUCGUAUGCCAGAUACUGACAUGGACCCCAGAAAGCUCAAAAGAGCUAUGGCGAGCAGACAAUAUUCCCAGAAGUAUCGACUCAAGCAGCUACAAUAUAUUCUGCAACUUGAAAAAGAAGUGAAAGCUCUACAAGCUGAAGUUGCAAUCACCUCACCAAGGAUCAAGUAUGUUGAUCGCAAAAAUUCUUUAUUAAGGAUGCAAAAUGGUUCAAUGAAUGAAAGGCUUUCUGCCUUUUCUACUAACCUUAUGUUCAAAGAAGCUCAAUAUGAGGAACUAAAGAAGGAAAGGGACAUGUUGAAACAAUUCUAUGUGAUAAAUCAACCACAACAACUGCCAGAUUUUUUGAAAAUAAAACCAGUUGAUAAUUAUCAGCUUCUGAAUUUCAACCUGAAUCACACUGCAUUCAAUCCCUUUUUGGAACCUGCUGCUGUUGGGAUGUCACAGAUAAUGAUAAAUCAGAACCUGAACCAAACAUAUUAUGAAUAG